GUACUGCCCUCUAACGGUUCCUUCACUCCCUCCAGGUUUCAGAGUUAGAGACGGAACAGCAACUGAAGUUUAUCUCUAUUUCCUCGCCAACAAAAAGGGACGCUUUUCUUCUGUUUUUGGACUUUUAUUCGACGCCAUCGCACGUGUUUAAAAGUUGAAAUGCAAGGCGUUGUCGUCCACGCUGUCUGCAUUGUGAAAGGACAUGGAGCACGGAGGAGGACCGCCUGAGUCUCAGUGAUUAACUCAUACAUUCAGGACUUCAUCAAACCCCAUCGGCCUCAGAUUGGAUUAACUCAAUGUGAAGCAGCGUCUGGUGGAAAGCGAGCAUGGAUAUCUACCCCCGGCCCAGCGGAGAGAUCCAGAGGAGGAACCCUCAGCACGACUUCGAGCUCCUCCAGAGGGUGGGCAGCGGCACGUAUGGAGACGUCUACAAGGCGCGAAACAUUCAAACUAGCGAGCUUGCUGCUGUGAAGAUCAUAAAGUUGGAACCAGGGGACGACUUUUCCAUCAUUCAGCAGGAAAUCUUCAUGGUGAAGGAAUGCAUGCACCACAAUAUUGUGGCCUACUUCGGCAGCUACCUCUGUCGGGAGAAGCUGUGGAUAUGUAUGGAGUACUGCGGUGGAGGAUCUCUGCAGGACAUUUAUCACGUGACGGGACCUCUCUCGGAGAUUCAGAUAGCCUACGUCUGCAGAGAAACCAUACAGGGUUUGGGAUAUCUUCACACCAAGGGCAAAAUGCACCGUGACAUCAAGGGUGCCAACAUCCUUCUCACAGACAACGGGGAUGUGAAGUUAGCGGACUUUGGAGUCGCUGCCAAAAUAACAGCCACCAUCGCCAAGAGGAAGUCCUUCAUUGGAACGCCUUAUUGGAUGGCUCCUGAAGUGGCAGCGGUGGAGAAGAACGGCGGCUACAACCAGCUGUGUGACAUCUGGGCCGUCGGCAUCACAGCCAUCGAGCUGGCGGAGCUGCAGCCGCCCAUGUUCGACCUUCACCCCAUGAGGGCCUUGUUUUUGAUGUCAAAGAGCAGCUUCCAGCCUCCGAAGCUAAAAGACAAAACCAAAUGGUCUACCAGCUUCCAAAACUUUAUCAAAGUGUCCUUGACAAAGAACCCAAAGAAAAGGCCCACUGCAGAGAAACUGCUAUCGCAUGUUUACGUGGCUCAGACCGGUUUGACCCGACGGCUCGCUGUCGAUCUCCUCGACAAGAUGAACAACCCCGACAACCACCAGCACUACAGCGAGGUGGACGACGACGACGUGGAGCCCCUCUCUGCAGUCAGACACACGAUCCGCUCCACCAACAAACAGGCCCGAGCUGAGAGGACGCGCUCAGAGAUCGACUUCGACAAGCUCCAGUUUGAACCCCCGCUCCGGAAAGAAACCGAGGCUCAUUCUGAAAUGGAUGUGAGUAAAGAGAACGACUUCUCUUCCCCCUGGAGUCCCUUUGCAGACGGAGGAAUAACAAGCAG